ACGGCGGGCUGCGCUUGCCCACGGGACCGAACCUCGCAGCGCGUCCAAGCCGCUGGCGCUGGGUCGACGGACAUCGGCCGGGACGAUCGAUGCAUCGCAGCCCCGGCCGGCCAACAGCAGCCGCCGAUCGUCGAUCUUGGUAUUCGGGAGCACGCCUGGUUCCCGUCUAACAGCUGCUUUGAUUUCCCGGCUGACUGCUCGGCUCAAGACCAGGGCGGUGACGCAGCCGCAUCAAGCUGUUCUCGCCACAAGAACCAAAAUAUCGCCACCCCAGAAGCCAGGCCUCGACCAAGACCCAGCGAUGCCGCCCAAGAGAAAGCGGGCAGCCGCACCGGUGAAUGAGGAAAAGACCGUAAAGCCCAAAGCAAGUGUGCCCAAGGCCAAGAUGCCCAAGACUGAGACAAAGCCAGCGAGGGUCAAAGUGGAAGCGCUUGAGACCCAGACCGCCAUCGAGGGAUUGACUGCCCCCGUCCAAGACCGGCCAAGAUGCUCGUGGCUGGCCCGAUGCAUUGGAAAGCGCACCGACACCCCCAUCGCUCGGAUCUACACGGAAUACCACGACACCGAAUGGGGAGCCAAGAACCGGCUGGACGAUAACAGGUACCUCUUCGAGAUGCUUGUCCUCGAGGGCGCCCAAGCUGGCCUGUCGUGGGCCACGAUCCUGCUGCGCCGUGAGGCAUAUCGCGAGGCGUAUUCGCACUGGGACGUCGAUGCAAUCGCCGGGUACACCCCCGAGAAGCUGUCCAAACUCCUCUCGGGCGACUCGGGAGUCAUCCGAAACCGCGCAAAAAUCGAAUCAUCCAUCGCAAAUGCACGGCUGUUCCUGGAAAUCGUCGCAGAGCACAACGGCAGCUUCCGUGAGUAUCUCGACGGGUUCAUCCAGAAGGCCGAUCCGAAGGAAUUCGGCCCUCGCACGGCCAAAGACGGCAUCCGCGCCACCUCGCAGCUCUCGGAGGAUCUCUCGGCCGACCUUCGGGCUCGUGGCAUGCGCUUCGUUGGCCCAACGUGCAUGUAUGCCUAUCUCCAGUCCAUUGGCGUGGUGGACGACCAUGACUGGGACUGUUUCCGCCACCGUCGUUUUCAAGACAAGCAGGCCUAGCUCAUAGUCAGCUCUGGAACUGAUUUGGUCUUGAAUAAACGCACCCUGUGGACUGCUUUCGCUUGGGAGGACUCGAGACUCCCUUUGAUUGCAAAUGACCUACUAGAUGCAGACUAUCGCAGACUAUCACAGACUAUCACAGACUGCGCUGCCCAAAACAGAGAUGCCAAGUGUCCUGUUUCAAAA